AUGGCGGACCACAUCCCUCUGUAUCCCGUGCGCGGCGCGGCGGCGGCGGCGGCCAGCCACAAACGCGCGGCCUACUACAGCGUCGCGGGGCCCGGCCCGGGGGCCGACCGGCGCGGCAGAUACCAGCUGGAGGAUGAGUCUGCCCAUUUGGAUGAAAUGCCACUAAUGAUGUCUGAAGAAGGCUUUGAGAAUGAUGAAAGUGAUUACCACACAUUACCACGAGCAAGAAUUACACGAAGGAAAAGAGGAGUGGAAUGGUUUGUCUGUGGUGGAUGGAAGUUCCUCUGUGCCAGCUGCUGUGAUUGGCUGGUAAAUGUGUGUCAAAGAAAGAAAGAACUGAAAGCUCGUACAGUAUGGCUUGGAUGUCCAGAAAAGUGUGAAGAAAAACAUCCCAGGAAUUCUAUAAAAAAUCAAAAAUACAAUGUGUUUACCUUUAUACCUGGGGUUUUGUAUGAACAGUUCAAGUUUUUCUUGAAUCUGUAUUUUCUGGUAGUGUCCUGCUCACAGUUUGUGCCGGCAUUGAAAAUAGGCUACCUCUACACCUACUGGGCUCCUCUGGGGUUUGUCUUGGCUGUUACUAUCACUCGUGAAGCGAUUGAUGAAUUUCGGCGUUUUCAGAGAGACAAGGAAAUGAAUUCACAGCUGUACAGCAAGCUUACAGUAAGAGGUAAAGUGCAAGUUAAGAGUUCAGACAUACAGGUUGGGGACCUAAUCAUAGUGGAAAAGAAUCAAAGAAUUCCAUCUGACAUGGUGUUUCUUAGAACGUCAGAGAAAGCAGGUUCGUGUUUUAUUAGGACGGACCAGCUAGAUGGUGAGACCGACUGGAAGCUGAAGGUGGCAGUGAGCUGCACUCAACGGCUACCUGCGCUGGGGGAUCUUUUUUCUAUCAGUGCUUAUGUUUAUGCUCAGAAGCCACAACUGGAUAUUCAUAGUUUUGAAGGGACAUUUACCAGGGAAGACAGUGACCCUCCCAUUCAUGAAAGUCUCAGCAUAGAAAACACAUUGUGGGCUAGCACUGUGGUUGCCUCAGGUACUGUAAUAGGUGUUGUCAUUUAUACUGGAAAAGAGACUCGAAGUGUAAUGAACACAUCCAAUCCAAAAAAUAAGGUUGGUUUGCUGGACCUUGAGCUCAAUCAGCUGACGAAGGCACUGUUUCUGGCUUUAGUUGUUCUCUCUGUUGUUAUGGUAACCUUGCAGGGAUUCGCAGGCCCGUGGUACCGCAAUCUCUUCCGGUUCCUCCUCCUCUUUUCCUACAUCAUUCCCAUAAGUCUGCGUGUGAACUUGGACAUGGGCAAGGCAGCAUACGGAUGGAUGAUUAUGAAAGACGAGAGUAUCCCUGGCACGGUUGUUCGUACCAGCACCAUACCAGAGGAGCUGGGACGUCUGGUAUACUUACUGACAGACAAAACAGGCACCCUCACUCGGAAUGAGAUGGUAUUCAAGCGACUACAUCUGGGCACCGUCUCCUAUGGAACUGACACCAUGGAUGAGAUCCAGAGCCAUGUCCUGAAUUCCUAUUCCCAGGUGCAUCCUCCAGCAGGCAGUAACAACCCUAGUUCAGCUCCACUGAGAAGAACCCAGGCUUCAACCCCCAAAGUUAGGAAAAGUGUCAGCAGUCGAAUCCAUGAAGCAGUGAAAGCCAUUGCCCUUUGCCACAAUGUGACCCCUGUCUAUGAGGCUCGGGCUGGUGUCACCGAGGAGACAGAGUUUGCCGAAGCUGAUCAAGACUUCAGUGAUGAGAACCGAACCUACCAGGCAUCCAGCCCCGAUGAGGUCGCGCUGGUACGCUGGACAGAGAGUGUCGGGCUCACUCUCAUCAGCAGGGACCUCACCUCUGUGCAGCUGAAGACACCUGGUGGCCAAGUCCUGACCUACUGCAUCCUUCAGGUGUUCCCCUUCACCUCUGAGAGCAAGCGGAUGGGCAUCAUUGUCAGGGACGAGUCCUCAGCAGAAAUCACUUUUUAUAUGAAAGGUGCUGAUGUUGCCAUGUCCACCAUUGUCCAGUACAACGAUUGGCUAGAGGAGGAGUGUGGGAACAUGGCACGGGAGGGGCUUCGCACCCUUGUGGUGGCAAAAAGGACACUAACAGAAGAGCAGUAUCAGGACUUUGAGAGCCGAUACAGUCAAGCCAAACUGAGCAUCCACGAUCGGGCGCUGAAGGUGGCUGCGGUGGUGGAAAGCCUGGAGAGGGAGAUGGAGCUGCUCUGCCUCACUGGGGUGGAGGACCAGCUGCAGGCCGAUGUCAGACCCACGUUGGAGAUGCUGCGGAACGCUGGAAUCAAGAUAUGGAUGCUAACAGGAGAUAAACUGGAGACAGCUACUUGCAUUGCCAAAAGUUCACAUCUGGUGUCAAGAACACAGGACAUUCAUGUUUUCAGACCAGUGACCAGUCGGGGAGGGGCCCAUUUAGAGCUGAAUGCGUUUAGAAGGAAGCACGAUUGUGCCCUGGUCAUACCUGGGGACUCGUUGGAGGUCUGCCUGAAGUACUAUGAGCACGAGUUUGUAGAGUUGGCUUGCCAGUGCCCUGCUGUGGUGUGCUGCCGCUGCUCGCCUACUCAGAAAGCCCACAUCGUGACCCUGCUCCGUCAGCACACGGGGAGGCGUACCUGUGCCAUUGGUGACGGAGGAAACGAUGUGAGCAUGAUCCAGGCAGCCGACUGUGGAAUUGGGAUCGAAGGAAAGGAGGGGAAGCAGGCCUCGCUGGCAGCGGACUUCUCCAUCACGCAGUUCAGACACAUUGGCAGGCUGCUCAUGGUACAUGGACGGAACAGCUACAAGAGGUCUGCAGCACUUGGCCAGUUUGUCAUGCACAGGGGCCUCAUCAUCUCCACCAUGCAGGCUGUGUUUUCUUCAGUCUUCUACUUUGCAUCUGUCCCCCUAUACCAGGGAUUCCUCAUGGUGGGGUAUGCAACUAUCUACACCAUGUUCCCAGUGUUCUCUUUAGUAUUGGACCAAGAUGUGAAGCCGGAAAUGGCAAUGCUAUACCCAGAACUCUACAAAGACCUCACCAAGGGAAGAUCCCUGUCCUUCAAAACCUUCCUCAUCUGGGUUCUGAUCAGCAUCUACCAAGGUGGCAUUCUCAUGUAUGGGGCGCUGGUGCUCUUCGAGUCAGAGUUUGUCCAUGUAGUGGCCAUCUCCUUCACCGCGCUGAUCCUGACCGAGCUGCUUAUGGUGGCACUGACCAUCAGGACCUGGCACUGGCUGAUGGUUGUGGCAGAGUUCCUCAGUCUGGGCUGCUAUGUGGCCUCUCUUGCUUUUCUUAAUGAGUAUUUUGGUAUAGGCAGAGUAUCUUUUGGCGCUUUCUUAGACGCUGCCUUCAUCACGACCAUGACCUUCUUGUGGAAAGUGUCAGCCAUUACUGUCGUCAGCUGCCUUCCACUCUACGUGCUCAAAUACCUGAAGCGAAAACUGUCCCCCCCCAGCUACUCCAAACUGUCCUCCUGAGGGUGCAGGGCCCAGGCAGGAUGCCCUGCGCUGGGUAGCGUGGGGACGGGUGCUGCUGGGGCCUCACCCGGCCCUCCUCCAGCACCAUCUGAAGUGUGUCAGUGGUUCACUUCUGCAGCUCCUUCUGUGGUGACGUACUGGGGAAAGCCAUGCCUUUCUACACAAGAUCACGUGGGCGCUGGAGGUGUCCCGUGUGCUUGCACCCACCCUCUGCAGGGGACCGCCUACGCGCAGCCCACAGUGGUCACGGCCUUGCCUCACGGACACUUGCAGUGAGUCCUGUGGAUAAGGAGCAAGCUCUUCAUGUGCACAAACAUAAUCCCAUUGCAGCCAUGAAUGUAAACCAUCUUCCAAAGGCACUGCUGUUAGGUAAUGUGUCUUUUCAGUUCCAGCCUUUUAUAUUUGUAAAGCCACACUCAAAACAAUUUCUGUCCAUAGAAAUGAGCUGUCCUGUGGAGCGCGCAUCUCUGAUGCUCACUGAGUUCUCUUGGUUGCAUGCCCACAGCUGGAUGUGCACUAGAAAAGCGUCCUGGAUGGCUGCCCCAAGGCAUCUAGGAGCAGGCUCCCUGGGGGAAAGGGAGGAGUUUCUGUGGGGCCCGGUUGGUUUUGUGUGCAUUGUACAGCAGAUGCAAUGCCAUCUGUCCGAUGUGUGCUGUGCUCAGGACUCCAUUCACCAGGCAGCGUGGCGUGAAGGAAAGUCUCAGACCUUGUAAAGCAGGAUGUUUUUACUUGCACUGGGCAUUUUGUGGAUGUCUGUGUCCUUCAGCUGAUUUCCCAUUGAAUGUGGACCCCACCGCUCUGAAGCCCUUGGGAAUGCCACGCUGCCGUGGAGCAUUUUGGGGUCUCCUGACUGAGGUCUGCAGCGUGGCCCUCCAAGGUUCCCACCAGCCACCGCUUUUCAAAGGAGAUACUUUUCUGCUGCAAUAAAGCUUUUCUUCCCACA